CCUUCUUCUGUCUGAAACUAUAACAUGCUAUACAAAGAAUCCAAGCAAGGAAAGAGAAAUAAGAGAGAAACCAAACAAGAGAAGAUCAUCAAUAUAUUACACCACUGCAACACUUCUGAAGCAGAGAUCACUGUCCAUUGUCACACAAAUGGGUGAAAACAAGGAAGAAGAAAAGAAAGAAGAAACCACAGAGGAAAAGAAGGAAGAAGAGAAAAAAGAUGAAGAGCCUCCAGUGAUAGUACUCAAGGUUGAUAUGCACUGUGAAGCUUGUGCAAGGAAAGUUGCAAAAGCAUUGAAAGGAUUUGAAGGAGUGGAGGAGGUGACUGCAGAUAGCAAGGCAAGCAAAGUGGUAGUGAAAGGAAAGGCAGCAGACCCCAUAAAGGUGUGUGAGAGGCUACAAAAGAAAAGUGGUAAGAAAGUGGAGCUCAUUUCACCUUUGCCAAAACCUCCAGAUGAGAAAAAGGAAGAAGUCAAAGAAUCGCAGCCAGAGCAGAAAAAAGAGGAGCCACCUCCUGUUGUAACAGUAGUCCUCAAAGUUCGAAUGCAUUGUGAAGCAUGUGCUCAAGUUAUAGAAAAGGGGAUCCGCAAGAUUAAAGGAGUAGAGUCGGUGGAGACGAGCUUGGGAAAUGAUCAAGUGAUAGUGAAAGGUGUGAUUGACCCAGCAAAGCUGGUUGAUUAUGUGUACAAGAGAACCAAAAAGCAAGCUUCUGUUGUGAAAGAGGAGGAAAAGGAAAAGAAGGAAGAGGAAGAGAAAGAAGAGAAAGAAGAGAAAAAGGAAGGUGAAGAAAGCAAGGGAGAUGAUGAUGGUGAAGAAGAGGAUGAAAACAAAACUGAGAUUAAGCGAAGCGAAUAUAUGCCAAUGAGAUCCUACGUUGACUACUUUGACUACUUAGACUACCCUUAUGAUUCUCAGAUUUUCAGCGAUGAGAACCCAAAUGCAUGCAGCGUAAUGUAGAUCAGUAUUAUUAUUAUGUAGUAAUUUAUAACUUGGUAUUCUAGUAGCUGAUCAUCAAGUGAAGCAACUUCUUGUGCUGUGCCUGUUGCUGGAGCGUGGAAUAAGGUGCAUAGUAGUGAUGAAUAUUUUAAUGCUUUGUAUAUGAUUUCAACGAGUGGCAUUUCCUAUACAUGGAGCUAGAUGCCUUGUUUAUUGUGUUUAUGAACUUUCUACAUAUUUCCUUGCUAAAGGUUGGCCAGAAUUGUUGCAGUGCAUUUUCAA